AUAAAAGUCAUUAUGUCUCUCUACAGCUCAAAACGGAAGAAAAAACCCAUAGGGGUGAACAACAGCCCUCUGGAAAAAUGGAAGCAGAAGUACACUAAAGCAGCAGAGAAAAUAUAUACUCCAUCUAAAAUGUCUCUUAACUUUGUCAGAGACUCUCUUGAGAAAGAAAAAGGAUUAAUGCUCAUUGACCCGUUUGGAAUGGAUAAUGAGAUGAUUCCUGAUUAUAAGUUUGAGUCCUGGGAGAACCAGCUGAGGAAACCUUUACAAAAAUGUACUAACAACUCACAUUCCUAUGAACGAAUCUGUAAGAAUUUCAAAACCUUCGACAAGGAGAAUACUGAUAGAGAAAAUCAGAAUUCUGUUCCAAAAUCCAGAAGGCUCUUGGCUCUUUCACCAAAACCAACAAAUUUUCAUAAUAAAAGCAGGAAGUAUUUCUGUGAGAAGCAAGUACAGCCUGCUAAGAGUUUUGAGAGAAAGUAUCCUAAGAAAGAGAUUACAAACUCCAGGAGACCAUAUAAGGUAGAACCUUCUAUAAAACCUUCCCAGAAAGGAAGCCAGGAAAGACUGAGAGGAAAGAAAAAGCUUACUAAAAACCCUGUGCUUAUUUCAAAUUCUAAUCCAGGGUGGUUGUUUAAGAGCACUAAAGACAUGUCAAAGUCCUUCCAAAACCCUUCUGGCGUUACCCUGGAACCAUCGAAAACUCACAUUAUUAGACCUUCUGAGCUUACAGACUUUAAUAGCUCAAAGAACAAAUUUAAAAAGCCGCCCACAAAGAGGACCUGAAAUGCUAAUAUUUCUCACGAAAGUGAUGAAGUGCUCCAAGAAAGGCUUAGCAAUGUGUUCAUUUCCAGUGACUUGCCUACUAAGGAUAGAGAAGUGAAAAUCAAGGUUAACAACACUGAAUCCUCGUUAACUAGCACAUACAGAUCAUCUAUAAUUCCUGCUGAGAUCCAAAUGACUACCCUUAUGACAGACUCUGACGAAGAGGAAUGCACUUGUUGCAAAUAAAUGCAAAGCAUGCAGCAACUACAGUACUAACAAGUCAGCUAUAAAUUCACAAAGCUGUCAUAAAGAAGAGCAAAAGCAUGAAGAAUCGUUUAAAAUCAAUCAGGCCAAGGUAGAAAAUAAGGAAAAUAUUCCAGAUUUCCCUGACAAAAAAGACCUUGAAGAGCUAUGUGAUGAAUUUAUUCGUAAAAAUAAAGAAAACGCAAUAAAAAAUAAUUCUAAAACACUCGCUCAGAACAAUAUGAUAAAUAUAGAAAAUGUUAUCCUUCUUGAAGAGAAAAUGAGGUUAAUUAACGAAAAUGUCCUAAAAAUGAAAGAUCUCACAAGACUGUGUGAAGACUGGUGGGAAAUUAGUCAUACGGAAACUAUGUUACAGAACUUAGGAAAUGUGUUCAAAGAACCCAGGUAUAAAGCCAUUCUAAGAACAGCUACUUGAGUAGAGAUUUGAGCAAUUUCUCUCAUAUUUGCAGUAGAUCAGCAUUAUGAAACACCUCCAAAAUCAAUUUUAAUGAUUAUCAAAAAUAUUGCUCAAUGCACUUAUGAAAAUUACCUGAACAUUAUUGGCCUUGUAAUCAACAGACUUCCGCCAGAUAGUGUAAGGAAUAUUUGGGUGCAAGCCCUAGAGAAAAUACUUUCCCUAGAAAAAUCAACCUGAAAUAAGCAGGCUUUAUUCAACCUCAUUCAGAAGAACAACAUUGUCCUCACUGAGAGGUGCCGAAAGCUUUGCUUAGGAAAAUACUCUGUUAAGCAACUCGCCCUAAAAAGGGGCAUUAGUGAAGAAAAGCUCUUAAGAAAGGAGAAUUGUGAUAUAAGCCGAUAUAUCUCUCCUCUGUGUCAGACUUUAUUGAUAACAGUCGAAGAGAUUUUGAAUUUGACUCAGAGUCUCGACAUUACUAAAACUAGGGAAAAUAUGAUCUCAAUAUUGGAAGGAUUUAGUGAGACGAUGAAAAUGAAAAAUAAUAGCCCAAUGUGUGUCACUCAAAACAUCAGUGAAUCAUCAUUUGAAGAGGAUUGAUGUGAAGUAAUGGAGCCUCCUUAUCUCCCUCCAAUAUCUCUAAAUAAAACUUAUACUCUAGUCUUGGACCUUGAUGAAACGUUGGUUCAUUACUUUGAGAUAGGCGAUCAAGGCAAGUUCUUAGUCAGACCUGGAGUCAUCCCAUUUUUGAAAGAAAUGUCGAAAUUUUUUGAAAUUGUUAUAUUCACAGCUGCAGUACAAGAUUAUGCUGACUGGGCAAUUGACCAGAUAGAUACAGUGGGGUACAUCUCUCAUAGACUAUAUCGACAACAUACGCUCCCAUGAGGAUCGGUCAACAUUAAGGAUCUUUCCCGAAUUGGGAGGGAUUUAAAAUAAAGUGAUCAUUGUAGAUAACAUUCCUGAAAACUUCCAACUACAACAAGACAAUGGUAUAUUCAUCACAAGCUGGUUUGAUGAUGUGACCGAUACAGCUCUAUGUGAGCUCUCAGUGAUACUCAAAGAUAUAUUCUUACUAAAAGCAGACGAUCUCAGAGAUGCCCUACGAAAUUAUGAGAAGCAUUAAAACUAAUUUUCAAUGAUUCAA